CUUUUCAUAUUUAACAGACUGAUAUUUGCCUAGAAGUAUAUAAGCAGUACUCCUCACAUACAAAGACCAUUCUUACAGGAUUUAUAAAUCAUGCAGGAAAACAACUCAGAUAAUGUGUUAAAUACGGGUAUUCAACAUUCUGCAACAAGUCGUAAGAGAAGAAUAUCUUCUGGCAGACUGCAUGAAUGCUCUGGAUACAGCUACUCAACAUUUUAUCGCCGUCAAAAACGGUUACGUGAUGCAGCAUUCAGUGACUGGGACUUCUGGAAACGUUACUGCUCAUCCAGAGAAGAGGUGGCAAGGGAUAAUACAGUAACUUUGCCUUCAAGUUCAACUGUCCAGGGAACAGUGGGUUUACCUAGUACUAGUGAGACCGUCGCUGUUGUUUGACAAACUGAAGAGAAUCGUAACAUUUAUUAUUAUGUAAUAAUUAAUUUCAAUAGAACUUCAGGUUGUUC